ACUUGAUGCGUUCUCUGCCGAAAAGUACAGUUCCAUAAUUGUGCCUCCAGGAAAGAGUCUUUAGUCUGCGUGAGUACAUGUACAGUUCCAUAAUUGUUCGCCCAGGAAAGAGUCAUUGGUCUUUCGUCUGCAAACCACAUGUACUCUCGCAGUGUCAGCUGAAGACACUCUUGCACAUUGUUUUGAUUUCCAGAGGGAAGAUGCUUCCGGUCCACUGCAUCGUAGAGCUCCUCGACGCCCCGCCCGGUAAAGAAGGCGGGGACGCAAAGAAGGGCGAGGAGGAGGUGGAGGAGAAGAGGAAGGAGGGAUAUGCCAUUGUGCCAUCAACAUUACAACUCAGAGAUCUCGUCAGGGUAGCCUUAUCGAAGCUCGAUUAUCCACCGGAAAGGGCCAAAAAUGCAACAGGUGUUAUUCAGGUUCGGAAUUGGAAGGCCUUACCGUUCUCGUCAAUCACAGACAAUCAGCAAUCAUCAGUCGGACAACUCUUUGGAGAUCUUCUCUCUCACAUCACACUCAAGAUAUCUGUAUUAACAAGUGACGCCGCAAGUGCCAACUGCCAGAACCAAACGCCAGAGGACCAAAGCCGAAGCAGCAGGGUCGGAGGCAACGCCAGCAGCAGUAUCCUCAGCCUGGGCAACCUUGGCAGUAGCUUCUUCUUGCGGCGAGGUCUAGAUCUUCCAUUCGGGAUGAUGGCGAGGAGGAUGAAGGGCGGUGAGGGCAAGGGGUUCGGCAGGACUGCUCACCCGGUCCAGGAGCUACGGAUCAAGCUUCUGCAGGUCUUGGAGAAGAGAGGUCCUACACUUCUUGUCAGUCAUGGUUGCCCAUUCUCUCAGGUGACUGUAUCGCAGAUCUUGCAGGGCAAGUACAACAAACCUGUCAGCAUUGAAAAGAUCCAAGCCUUCUACCAGUGGUACAACAUCUACAAUGGCCUUACGGACAACACCCUCUUACCCCCGGAAAAGGUUGACAGUUCAUCGUUACCACGCAUCAGCUCGAAGCACUGGAGGCGGCCUAGGACACUCUUCAACCCCCGCACAGAGCUCCCGCGCCUCCUGCGGUGGUAUCGACAGAACCCGAGACCGACCAGGGCGGAGAUGGAGGUCUACCUGGCCGAGUUGAAUGGCUCCGACUUCCGACGCAACGGAACCCCACUUCAGUACUCUUCUAUCAUGAUCUGGUUUAAGAAUGCCAGGGUGAAGUACAGGCAUCUACUGCGCUCAAGUGCCAUCGCCCAGAUGAGAGAGGACAUUGGGUAUACCAAGAGUUCAAGAGACUUGGUGAUUGAUGAGGACGACAAGAACAGUGAUGACGGAGAAAGCGAUAUGGUGGUAGAAGAGAAGGAGAUGGAGGAGCAAGUGGUGGAGGAAGAGGAGGAGGAGGAUAAGAAAAAGACAGAGACUUUGGAAUCAUCAUCUUCAAAGAGCCCGGUUAGAAGUUCUGCGAAGAGCCCUUCGCGUAGUCCAGGAAAAAGUCCUGCAAGAAUUCUGCAUUUGAAAGAAGAACCCAUAACAGAAGGAGAGAACUCUGUUGGCAAUGAAAACCAUGCCGUAUCGAUGGCGACGUCUUUAGCGAAACCAACCAUUUUACCUUCACUUUUACACAUGCAAGCACGACCGCAUCUCCAGCCUGUCAGUAUCGUUAGUAAUGGUUUGAUUGUGCCAAGCAGGUUAAGUAACGGAGCUCAUCAAGCAGAGACAGCGCUUCAUGUGCCAGACAUCCGGAAAAUUGCCUCUGGGUUUGGGAUAUCAUUAACCCCCGAGUUGGCAGCAGCCGCCCAUGCCAUGCCUAUCCAUGGUCUCGCCCACCCCCAUUUCUUGCAUGCGCUUGACGCGGUGCACAAGGAUCAUCCUUCCAUUAGAUUAGAGUAUCAAAACAGUAGCCCCCUCUCCGUGCCUAAGCCCAACCCAGUACCCCUAACCACCCCUUCUGCCUCUCAGAGACGGACACCCACGCCCCAGUCAUUCAAACCCGAGCCAGUAUCCCCCAAAUCCGAAAAAUCACCUCAAACCAACACCUCUCAGUCCGCUACAAGUCCGGCAACCAGGGUACCCCGGAAACGCUUUACUAUCGAUCCUACCUUUGAAGUGCCAAAGCUGCAGUCGUGGUUCGCCAUCGACCCCAGGCCCGACCGGCUGACCAUCGAGAGAUACGUACAGGAACUGAACUCGAGCGAAUGGAGACGGCACCAGCCCAAGUAUAACAAUCGUGUGGUGUACGUCUGGUUUAAGAAUGCGCGUGCCAAAUACUCUAAGAUGCAGAUGACCCCUCCCGGAGGUGAUCCCGACAUGGAGCGAAGACACCAUGAACUGAUGAGAAUGCAUCAGGAAGCUCAGAUGUCAUGAAAAAGACUGCGAUGAUACACUCCGAAUCUUCAACGGGGUGUUCAAUGCCUUUCGCACUAUUAAAAUUCUUUAUUUUCUGUUGAAAACAGAAAGUUGAUGCAUUUGGUUAUGAUGUACUUCUGGGGAGCGUUUCAUCAACAUUUUUGUCCAACAAGUAGUCAGAUCUGACAACUUUUCUUGAUUAUGAUUGGCUGAGAAGCACUGUUACUAUGGUAACUGUCGGAUAAAAUGGGACUUGUCAGAUAAAACGUCCGACAAGUUCUUUCAUGAAACGCUCCCCAGAAGUUGUGCUCUUAGCUGUGAGGAAGAAUGAAACAAAAAUAUUUCCUUUUUGUUUUUGUUUAAAAUUCAUCAGUGGUUCUGACUAGUCACUCUUUGUAAGUUAUUUAGUUAUUUUGUUGUAGAAAAGCAGUACAAUUUUACUAUUUUUCCUCAUUUUUUAUGUCUUUACAUAACUGGCACCUUCUUUCUUACAAUUCAUAGUGAAUACAAGUGAAUGGCACUCUAAAGAAAACUGUAUUUUAUGUGUACCUCAAUCUUAAAUCUCUAAGUAUGCACAUUGCAUGCUCUCAUUUCUAUUGUUUUACUUUCAUUUUUAUCUUCUGUUACAAAUCACAGAAUAUUGGUCAGAUUUACCAAGUGACUUUGUAGCUUCAUGUCGAACAUAUUUCCAAUGAAUUAUGUGAUACUUGUAUGUUUUAUUGAAUUAAACUGAAAUUAAUAGUUAUCUUUAAAUUGUCAAUCAAAAUUAAGUAAUGAAAUUGAUACAACCUUUUUUGUUGUUGCCUGUUGGAGAAUAUUUCUCAUCAUUGUUUGUUCAAUAAAAGAUGGAAAUUUUAACUAUUAUGGGAAAGUUUUUAAGAAAAUAAACAACUCAUCUAUGUUGAUAAGUUAUACAAAAAGCUGUAAAUGUAUAUAAGAAAUAAAUUUAGCAUGUUUUCCUGAUUUUUUAGGCGGGGUCAUUCAAAACAAGAAAUAAGAUUCAAAUCUGAUCAAAAAAUACUUUUUUAAAUUUGUAGCUAUGAAUAUUCACUAAAAUAUUCACUGAAUACUGCAGUGCCUGAACGGGACAGCAUGGCUGGGAUUGUAAAAUAUGCUAGUAAGUUUCAAAGGACAUGUUUUAAAAGAGGGGGGGUACCCUCAUUAUUUUUAUGAUGUGCUAUACAUUGAAAAGAUACAAGUACAUGUACAUCUUUUUUUCUACUGUUCAGCUUACUUAAACACACUGAAUAUUUUGCACACAGUACGUCUGUACGCCAGCAACGUAGCACUCUGUUAGCUAAAAACUGUUUUAGAAUUUAGAUGAACUUGAUGUAUUAGUGCCUUUGUGCUUUUAUAGCAAUGUAAUUUAUUCAUCACUCUGUCCGACUAACUCAGUUGAUCACUUUGUAGCACUCUGCUGGUCAACUUUAUUUUUAGGCAGGGUGCUACAUAAGCACUUGCCCGAUUGCCCGGGGCAAGUAAAAGUUAGAGUCGGGCAAGUGUUUUGAAGUAAAGACCAAAACUACUUGCCCGAAUUGGGCAAGCAAAAUUCACAAAGUAGAAAGCAAAAUUCUCCCAGGAGAAUGACCAUAAUUAGGGUCGAUAUGAUAUUGACCCUAAUUUGGGUCAUGGUAGGCAGGAUAAAAUCACUUUGGAAAAAGAAAUGCAACAGAUCAGUUCAUGUCAAAAGAAAAAGGUAAAUGGUUUAUAAAACCGCAAAACUUUCUUUUGAAGAGGUAAAACUUUUUUUUCAAGGAUUUUUUCGGGCAAGUGAAAAUUAUUUUGGGCAAGUAUAUUCCAACUAUUUAAAGAUUUACUUGCCCGACCGGGCAAGCGCUUCUAAAAAGUUAUGUAGCACCCUGUUUUUAGGUAAACUUCAUGUAGGACCCAUUUUUAGUAGAUCCCGAUGUAUUAAAGUUUACAUCCUUUUUCAUCAAUCACUAUGCCUGACAAUUCACCUUUUAUCAUUAAAAAAAAGAAUAGAGACCCUAGAUUUCUAUACUGUUGAUCAUAUGCAAAAAUUAUAAUCAUUCCUGUGGACUAUUGUGGGCUAAUUGGACAAGGGAUGAAAAACAAAUGUUAUGAAGAGUUAAAAAGCUAAAUCUACCUACGGAAUAUUGCCAGAGUAUUCAAUAUCAAAAACAAAGAAGUCUAAUGUGUGAUUGUGAUUGAAAUAUAUUGAUUGGAGUCAAUUGAUAAUGAAAUACGGGAAUGGGAAAAUUGGAAAAGCAGAUUUAGGUACUGUGGGUCAAAUAUCGUCACUGCAGAUCUCUGUGCGAACAAUUUCGGAUUUUAAAUAUAAAUUUGUUAGUAUUCCCCAUCCAUUAUUUCAUCUAACUUGCACAAAAAUGCUGCUAUGAUGGUUUUCUAUCUGAUAAACUUCUUGGUCUGUAUUCUGAACUCGGGUUUAAAUGAAACCCUGGUUUAAAGUUGUGGUUGAACUAUGGAGAGCCAAUUGGGGCACAAAUCUCUUAACAAGUACACAUUCAGUGUAUUAACUCAUUUGACACUUAAAACAUUCAGAAGCGUCUGGGAAUGAUAACUGAAGUAUUUUGAAGUAUCUUUCUUUAUUAUGAAAGCAAAAGGAAAAAAAUAGUGAACAUGAGAAAUAUACAAUGUAAACAGAAAUUUUGAAUUUUUGGCUCCCAUAAUUUUAGCACAGAGUUAGAAUGUGGUCUAAGUUAAACAUGACUUCUGAAUAUGGGCCCUUGUGUUUACAGUCUACCUUUCUCAUUCAUUUAAUACUGUGACACAUACUGUAUAUCACUCAGAAGUGACAAAUUCAAGAUGAUGAAAUACGAUAAACAAGAAUAAUAGGUGAUUUUGUUAAUAAUGCUGAAAAUAAUUAUGCAAUCAAAUGUUCAAUUCAAAAUCUGAUUAUUUCAUAUGCUAGAUUUCAGGUUAUAAAACAAACUAUUUUAUUGAUCUGAUUUUGAAAAAUACAAAGUGAAACAGUGAGUGAUAGGCGAAAAGCAAGGAAGUGGGAAAAUCUCAAUUUCAUUCAAGGCAGAUUAAUAUUUUUUGGUUUAUUUCAUGAACCAUGUCAGAAGUUUAAGCACGUUUCUCCAUCAAAGUGGAGGAAUGAGUAAGAGUUUAAUUUGCAUGUGUUUUCCAGUUACAAGAGGGUAUUCUUGAUUCAGCUAAUUAGGGUAAAAGUUAAUGCUCUUCAUUUCCUCCCUGCAAAAACAAGAUAAAGCAAAAGAUGUGUCUUGCUAAGGAGAUGGAUCAGAGCCGCGUUCAUUAGCGUACUUAAGGGGUGCGUGGUAGAGUAAGGUUGCGUCAUUGCGGCUCAGUAGAAACAAACAGAUUCUCUUUAUUUUUCCGAAUGAAAUGAAGCAGAUUGCUCAGAGAUUGAAGAAGAUCAGAAGGACUUCCUGUUGUGUCUUUAUCCAGACUUUGAAACAGAACUCAUGCAAGGAGGAAGUGGGGGCUUAGGGAGCAAAAUGGGGUCUUUCGGAACAAAACCAAGAGAAAAGGAACUUUUCAAGCAUUCUCUUGUCGUUUAUCACCUUGAUUAAGCAUCAAGGAAAUCAUU